AUGGCCAAUCCGGCGCUGGAAAUCCCUGAGGCCAUUCAGGCGGCGCAUGUCCGCUCGGAUCCCUCUCCUGCUCACGAUUUGAACCCGUCCACUGCGGCCUCCGAGAAACAGCCCGUUGUCGCGGCCCCGGCUUCCGACGCAGGCAGCUUCCCUUCAGACUUUGUCGACCCCAGUCGUGUUAUUCGCCCCGUUCGCCGCCGUCAGACCCUGCCGCCCCUCCCGGAUCUCCGCUUUGAGCAAAGCUACCUGGCUAGCAUCAAGGAUGCCGAUACAUGGGGGCGAGUUGCAUGGAUCACUAUUCGAGACCAGGUUCUCCUUCCCCUCAUCCAAGGCACAGUCUGGACACUCGCGCUCUCGGGUUGGCGCUACUGGAACCGCACCGCCUCGCUGAGCGGACAGACCCUCGGAAGCCGAAUUCGUAGAUGGUGGUAUGAUGUCAACAACUGGAAGCUGCCACCCCUGAAAUUGUCCCGGGACCCCAAGCUGGCAGAGCAAGUUGGAGAGUUCUUGCAGUUUUAUGGAGCUCAGUUCUCCAACGCAGGUGCGGACUGA